AUGUUAAAAAGCCCUAUAGUGAACGAUGCUGUGGAAAGAGGUGCCACGAGACUGUCAUCCAUCCAAGAGGCCCGCUUGUCAACAUCGGAUGCUGAUUUAAGGAUUACAAGAAACGAUCCUUUCGAGCACCAUUUUCCUGAAGUAGGAGAUUGGGGCCGCGUAUACGAGUCAGAUUACUCUCUGCUAGCAGUGGCCCGAUAUAUACUAGAUGCGACCGAGCAUUUGAGUAUACGCUAUGGGCACGCACAAGCCGAGUAA